AUGGUCGUUUAUAAUACAAAUACAAAAUCUCAGGAAUCCGACAUACAUAUAAAAGUUGAAAACGCUAAGUUACCAUUUCGUGGUUUUACUGCUACAUACAUUCAAGAUUACAAUAUCACAAUAUACAUAGGCGGUAAUUCUUCAGAUGGAAAUUUAAUACCAAUGAAUCAGAUUUGGACACUCGAUAUUUCGACUAAUAGCUUGAGCUUAAAAACGACUCCUAAUACAAGUAACAUAGUCGGGCGAUAUGGACAUUCAGCAUGCUUAGUGCAAAAUAAGAUCAUUGUUUACGGUGGAAAAUCAGAACAACCUCUUGAUUCUAACAAUGCUUUAAUAAUUCUGGAGAUAAAUGAAAAUAAUUACAAUUGGCUUCUAAUGAAACUUUCGCAAGAUGAUCAAUCUAUCAUUACUCCUUACUAUCAUACUGCAACAAUUAUCAAUGAUACUUAUAUGAUCGUUGCAUUCGGGAAAGAUGACAAUUCAACGGAUACAAUGAUGAGAUCAAAUGCAAAUACAAAGAGACAAACGUCAGCGUCGAAUACAAAUUCUAUUUCGAUCAUCAAGAUAGACGUAGAUGGAUAUACUUAUAAAAGGGUAGAAUCAUUUGAUGAAGAAGAAAAACCAGAAUCAACAGUAAAUCCAACGACUUCAACUCCAAAUUCAUCAACUAACGCACAUUCCUCAAAUAAAAGUUCGAAGAAAAGAACUGAUAAGAUAGUAGGUGGUGUCAUAGGAGGAAUUUUAGGUGUUGCUCUUUUAAGUGGCCUUGUGUUUUUCUUUUAUCGUAGAAACAAGGAAAGAAAAUCAAAUAGUCUCAACGAACUAACGAGGCAAAGUUUAACACAACAAUCGCUAAUUCCACCAGCCCCAAGUUCUCGGUCAAUUCCACAAAUGAACAAUUUAUCAAUUCAACCAUUGCAAACUGAAAAAUCCGCGCCAGUUCUUCUAAUUCCUCCGUUAACAAACCUAAACAUUUCAAAGUUAUCUUCGGUUGAAUCUCGCCAGCCUCUUGAUUCGAGCAGUUCUGGUCCAUCUCUUUUAAGUAUACCAUUAAUUAGCACAUCACCAUUCUAUAGACAUGAUGAAUGA